AUGAUCCAGAACAGAGAAAAUUUUGAUGAUCCCAAAUCCUUGAAGGAGCUGGGUGGUGAUUCCACUGAAGCUUCUGCCAAACCAAAGAGAAGUUUUUAUGCUGCGAGGGAUUUGUACAAAUACCGACACCAGUACCCACAGAACUUCAAAGAUAUCCGAUAUCAAAAUGAUUUGAGCAAUCUUCGUUUUUAUAAGAAUAAAAUUCCAUUUAAGCCAGAUGGUGUUUACAUUGAAGAAGUUUUAAAUAAAUGGAAAGGAGAUUAUGAAAAGCUGGAGCACAACCAUACUUACAUUCAAUGGCUUUUCCCUCUGAGAGAACAAGGCUUGAACUUUUAUGCUAAGGAACUAACUACAUAUGAAAUUGAGGAAUUCAAAAAAACAAAAGAAGCAAUUAGACGAUUCCUCCUGGCUUAUAAAAUGAUGUUAGAGUUUUUUGGAAUAAAACUGAUUGAUAAAACAGGAAAUGUUGCUCGGGCUGUUAAUUGGCAGGAAAGAUUUCAGCAUCUGAAUGAGUCCCAGCACAACUAUUUGAGAAUCACUCGUAUUCUUAAAAGCCUUGGUGAGCUUGGAUAUGAAAGUUUUAAAUCUCCUCUUGUAAAAUUUAUUCUUCAUGAAGCUCUUGUGGAAAAUACUAUUCCCAAUAUUAAGCAGAGUGCUUUGGAGUAUUUUGUUUAUACAAUUAGAGACAGAAGAGAAAGGAGGAAGCUCCUACGUUUUGCCCAAAAACAUUAUACGCCUUCAGAGAAUUUUAUAUGGGGACCUCCGAGGAAAGAACAGUCAGAAGGAAAUAAAGCCCAGAAAAUGCCUGUCCCUCCAGCCUCCAGUCACAACAGCCAAACUUCUAUGCACAAAAAAACCAAGGACCUCAAAAAUUCGUCCUCAGCUGUUCAUGUAAAUAGCAAAACAGCUGAAGAUAAAAAGGCAGCACCUCGAGAUCCUGAAGAGACAGACAGGCCUAGUGCACAGCUCAACAAUGAAGCUGUGAAGCCAAGAAACACAGAGAAGGAUGGUAAUGAUGAAAUUUCAAAUUCUCAAACUGUAAAAGCAAUGAAUAAUGUGGCAGAGAAAAAAGAGAAUGCAUCUCUUUCUGAAAAAGAUGAAGAAGGUGAAAAUCACAACAAAGACUGUGAAAAUUCUGGAAAUACAGUUUCCCAUGAUGAUAUCCUAUUACAGUGAAUUAUCAGAGAGCUUACCCACAAGUUUAGGUAAGGGAGGAAAGCACUACUGUAUAACUUAACCUAAGAAUAGAAAUCACAUUUCAAGUUUUAGCCAUCUGCUUAUGAUUCCUAUUGUAAGCAUUUUGUUGUUUCACAUCUUUUACUUUGGAUUACAAUGUGUUGAAUAAUUAAUUUAAUUUUAAAGUAAGACCCAAUAAAGGGAUAUAUUCUGU